UUAGACUAUUCCUCUGAUAAUGGAUGGAAAGGAUGUGGUGGCUAUGGCAAGGACUGGCUCUGGGAAGACGGCAGCUUUUCUGAUUCCGCUCUUUGAAAGACUCAAAUCACACUCGCCACAGGUGUCUGGUGUAAGGGGUCUGAUAUUAUCCCCUACAAGGGAACUGGCUCUGCAGACAAUGAAAUUCACAAAAGAACUUGGGCGUUUUACUGGAUUGAGAGCAGCUGUAAUAUUAGGAGGAGACAGGAUUGAAGAUCAAUUUUCUACAAUGCAUGAAAAUCCUGACAUUAUAAUAGCAACUCCUGGAAGGUUCCUGCACUUGCUGCUGGAGAUGGACAUGAAGUUGCUUCACGUUGAGUAUGUUGUGUUUGAUGAAGCUGACAGAUUAUUUGAAAUGGGAUUCAGCGAGCAGCUCCAUGAGAUUAUACACAAACUACCAGAACAAAGGCAGACACUUUUGUUUUCAGCAACACUCCCAAAGAUGUUAGUUGACUUUGCUAAAGCAGGUUUAACUGAUCCAGUCCUUAUCCGACUUGAUGUUGACUCUAAACUGAGUAACCAACUCUCGCUAUCUUUCCUUAGUUGUAGAUCUGAUGAUAAAACUGCUGUUCUUCUUUAUUUGUUGCGUUCAGUGAUACCCCCUAAUCAACAGUCGGUCAUAUUUGUAGCCACUAAACAUCACGUGGAGUAUCUCAAGGAAAUACUGUCCAGUGCUGGGAUUGACUCCUCUUAUGUGUAUGGAUCAUUGGAUCAGACUGCUCGAAAGAUUUCAAUUGGUAAAUUUCUUUACAAGAAGACAAAUGUCCUACUGGUUACUGAUAUUGCUGCUCGUGGUAUAGACAUUCCACUCUUAGAUAAUGUCAUCAAUUAUCAUUUUCCUUCAAAGGCAAAGCUGUUUGUACACAGAGUUGGUAGGGUGGCUAGGGCAGGGAGAACAGGUACAGCCUAUUCUCUAGUGUCUCCUGAUGAAGGAGCUUAUGUUGUUGACCUUCACUUGUUCCUGGGAAGAAAUAUAAUCACUGAGAGCCGUGCCAAGUGUGAUGGUGUGUAUGGGUCUGUUCCCCAUAUUGCUAUUGAAGAUGAAGAUGAGCUCUUGAUUAAACUUCACAACAAUAAUGAAGAACUGGUUUCUCUUAGAAAAGUUGCUGAGAAUGGUAUGAAGCAUUACAUCAAGUCUCGUAAUCUCUCAUCUCCGGAGUCAAUCCGAAGAGCAAAAGAACUCGCUAACUCACUCCAUCCCCACCCACUCUUUGGGAGUCAUUGCUUGACUGCUCAAGUGGAGAGAGGAGAAUUGCUAAGUGCAUUGAAGACUUACAAACCAUCACAAACGAUAUUUGAAGUCAAUUCAACCACAAAGGGCGUGGCUAAGAAAGUGAUGCUCUCGAAGAGGGCCAAGUAUGAUCAAGUGGUGAUGACACUUAGAGAGAAAUCAAAUCAAAGGAAGAAAGAAGAAGAGAAGGAGGAGGAGAGAGAGAAAGGGGAGGAGAGAAGGGACAGUGAGUCAAUGGCUGAUGAUUUAAAAGGA